AUGUCUUCUCAUUUCAUGAUUUGGAAUGCCCAGGGGAUUGCGAACACUACUACCCAGGGCACUUUCAAGAAUAUGAUCGAUAUGUACAGUAUUUUGUUUGCCGCGGUGCUUGAGCCCCAGACGGAUCCCCAGCCUUUUUUCUUCAGUAGGCGUUUUGGGUUGCAGUUUAGGUGUUCGAACACGAACGGUAAGAUUUGGAUUUUUUCUCACAGGGACUGGCAGGUCGAGGUCAUUGAUGACUCUGAGCAGGUCCUUCACGUCCGAGUUUCUGCUGCGAUAUUCCCUUUUUCAAUCUAUCUCUCCGUGGUGUACGCUAAGUGCUCGAGGGAGGGGAGAUACGAUCUGUGGAAUAAGCUCAGGGACAUCUCUCUAGCCACUGACGGGGCCCCGUGGCUUGUUGGUGGUGACUUCAACAUCUUCUUGUUGGAGGAAGAGAGACAGGGCAGCACGACAGACAGGCACGGAGAGAUGAAGGACUUUGCCGACGCCAUUGCAGACUGCCAGCUACUGCACCCAGGUUUCGAUGACCCGCCGUUCACUUGGACGAGGAGCGGGCUCUGGGAGAGAUUGGACAGAGUCCUUCUUGGGGAGCACUGGAAGACCGCCAUUGCGGCUACUAGGGUGACUCAUUUGCCUAGGAUCUCCUCAGAUCAUGCCCCUUUGCUUGUGCGGUGCCAGCUCACGGCUCAAAUUCCGAGGCCUUCGUUUAGGUUUCAGAACAUGUGGGUUAGGCAUCACACCUUCAGGGAUGAGAUUGCCAGAGUGUGGACGGCGGAGACGGGCUUCUUCGGCAUGCUUAAUCUUCAGUUCAAACUCAGCAGACUGAGGGAGGCAGAGGAGGCGGUUGCUGCUGCGCAGGCGGCUUUCGACGGGGACCCCACGGGAGCCCAUAGGAGUGAGCUUAGCCGUUGCACGGCUCUAUACGUUCUCCGCACUAGGAUGGAGGAGGAUUUCUGGAAGCAGAAGGCUGCCAUUCGGUGGGCGGCAGAAGGCGAAAGGAAUUCUAAAUUCUUCCACGGGUGGGUGCGAUAG